AUGUCCAACUACGGCUCAUCGAACCAGGCGACGACCCGCCAGGGUUCCGGCAGUGGCGGCGGUGGCAGUUCAGUGUUUUACAACGCGUCAGUGUCGUAUUCGACUUCCAGCUCCACCUCCAGCUCCGGUUCCAGGUCGACCGGCGGCGACCCACAGACCCGGAGUCACGCGCAGCGCUACACCGAGACCAUGACCAGCAACGACCGCGACGGCACCAACAUCCGGCGCGUGUCCGAGGAGACGGGCAGGCCACCCCGGAGCGAGGAGACGUACAUCCCGCUGCGCGGGGGGAGGGUGGGGGCCAGUGAUGAUCGCGGGAGGAUCGAGGAUGUCACCGACGCUGACCCCGAUGACGACGACCAGGCGGCGAGGGAUCGUGAGUACGAGGAGAGAAUGGAGGACGAGUACGCCAAGAGAGAAGGAGGCGCUUGA